AUGACUAACUAUAAUUUUAUCAUUGUCGUCAAGCUCUUGGUUAUCUUCUUAAUCUUUGUUUCACCAAAGGAAAUAUUAGCUUUUUAUGAUAGAUUCUAUGGAUAUGCUGAAGCACCAAUGCAGCAAGAAAUUUUUGAUGUCUCCGAGUUCGGAGCCAGCCCUAACGCGGACUCAGACAACACUCUUGCCUUUGGGAAGACAUGGGAGGCAGCUUGCAACCACCAAGGAAGAUCAAAAUUUUACGUCCCGGGAGGUAAAUUUUUAGUGGGUGAGAUCGAGUUCAAGGGCCCUUGUCGCACUGAAUCAACCAUGGAAGUAGAGAUUACAGGAGAUCUAAUUGCUCCAACGAGCAUUAAGGUGUUCCCUUCGUAUCAAUGGAUUACUUUUAGUCAACUAAACGAUAUCUUCUUGUACGGAAGUACCAACUUAGAGGGUAGAGGCGACGUCGAAGCCUGGAAACAAGAAGGUUGCAAGGAAUCCAAAUGUGGCAAACUCAUAACGUCUCUGAGCUUGGCCAACGUGUCAAAUGCAAUAAUCAAAGACGUUUCGUUAUCAAAUGCGAAAGGGUUUCAUUUGCGGUUACACUCUUCUAGAAACGUUACGGUCCACAACGUCAGUUUCAGCUCCCCAUGGGACAGUCCGAACACCGAUGGGAUCCACGUUCAUAGCUCCUCAAUUGUCAACAUCACCAACUCAACCAUCGGAGUCGGAGACGAUUGCGUCUCCAUCUCAACUGGGAGUCUAGACGUGCUUGUCUCUGGCACACGUUGUGGUCCAGGCCAUGGAUUCAGUAUAGGGAGCUUGGGGAAGGUUGAGAACGAGGAAGAAGUGAGAAGAAUUAAGGUUCAAAACUGCACCGUUGACGGAGCUGCUAACGGAGUUAGAAUUAAGACAUGGCCGGCAUCACCGCCGAGCCAAGCUAGUGAUAUAACGUUCGAGGAUAUUUUAAUGAUUAAUGUCUCUAAUCCCAUUAUCAUUGAUCAAGAGUAUUGCCCUUCUGAUAGCUGCAACACCACCUCUGCAUCGAGGGUGAAACUGAGCAACAUAGAGUUCAACAACAUACGAGGGACGUACGGAAGUGAUUUCGGGGUGAAUCUGAAGUGCAGCUCUCUCGUGGCAUGUGAGAACAUAACGCUUAUCGACGUCAAUCUCAACGGUACUAAGACGUCGACGGAUAAGUGGCAGCAAGAGAAAUUUAGUACGAAGGGUUGGCUUAAUGGCUUAGCGGUUUUUAACUCAACUUUUAACUAGCUACACAAAAUAUCAAAUACUAGAUCUACAUUAAAAAUGAAGAUACGG